AUGCAGACAGAAAACUGUAUACAUAAUAAAUAAAAUGUUAAACAAACAAACAAAAAACAAAGCACACACAAAACAAACAAACCACUGGCUUCUUUUCCAGAGGACCCGGGUUCAAUUCACAGCACCCAUAUGGCAGCUCACAACUAUCUGUAACUAUAGUUCCAGUGGAUCCAAUGCCCUCACACAGACAUGACUAUGGACGAAAUACAAAUGAACAUAAAAUAUUUAUUUUGGAGAGGCAGGCGGAUCUCUGUGAGUUCGAGACCAGCCUGGUCUACAAGAGCUAGUUCCAGGACAGGCUCCAAAACCACAGAGAAACCCUGUCUCGAAAAACCAAAAAAAAAAAAAAAAAAAUUUAUUUUGGUUUUGGUUUUUCUUUUUUUAAUUUAUUUAAGAUUUCUGCCUCCUCACCUCCACCACCUCCCAUUUCCCUCCCCCUACUCCAAUCAAGUCCCCCUCCCUCAUCAGCCCAAAGAGCAAUCAGGGUUCCCUGCCCUGUGGGAAGUCCAAGGACCACCCACCUCCAUCCAGGUCUAGUAAGGUGAGCAUCCAAACUGCCUAGGCUCCCACAAAGCCAGUACGUGCAGUAGGAUCAAAAACCCAUUGAUUGCCCUUGUUCUUGAGUUCUCAGUAGUCCUCAUUGUCCGCUAUGUUCAGCAAGUCCGUUUUUAUCCCAUGCUUUUUCAGACCUGGGCCAGCUGGCCUUGGUGAGUUCCUGAUAGAACAUCCCCAUUGUCUCAGUGUGUGGGUGCACCCCUCGUGGUCCUGAGUUCCUUGCUCGUGCUCUCUCUCCUUCUGCUCCUGAUUUGGACCUUGAGAUUUCAGUCUGGUGCUCCAAUGUAGGUCUCUGUCUCCUUUCAUCGCCUGAUGAAGGUUAAUAUUCAGGAGGAAAAUAUUUAUUUAUUAUGUAUACAGUGUUCUGUCUGUGUGUAUGUCUGCAGGCCAGAAAUGGGUACCAGACCUUAUUACAGAUGGUUGUGAGCCACCAUGUGGUUGCAGGGAAUUGAACUCAGGACCUUUGGAAGAGCAGACAAUGCUCUUAACCACUGAGCCAUCUCUCCAGCCCCUGGUUUUGGUUUUUCAAGACAGGGUUUCUCUGUGUAGCCAUGGCUGUCCUGGAACUUGCUUUGUAGACCAGGCCUUGAACUCAUAGAGAUCUGCCUGCCUCUGCCUCAUGUGUGCUGGGACUAAAGGCAUGUGCCACCACCACCCGGCUCAUAACAUAAGAUUAACAAAAAAUAAAAGGAACGAAGGGCUUCUAUGAUUUCAUUUUCUAGUCAUGAUUGGCCUGGAACUUGCUGUGUAGACUAGGCUAGCCUUGAAGUCCCAGAGUUUUGCCUGCCUGUGCUUCUUAAAUUUUGCUAUUAAAGAUGUGUGCUAUCCUAACUGGCUUGUUUACUUUUGUUUUCCCAAGACAGGUUUUCUCUGUGUAGUCCUGGCUGUCCUGGAACUGUCUCUGUAGAGCAAGCUUGCCUCUGUCUCCCCUGUCUCCCAAGUGCUGGUAUUAAAGGACUGCACCACCACUGUCUGGAGUUCUUGGCAGGCUAGGAGAGAUGGCUCAGUAAUUAAGAGCACUGGCUGAUUUGAUUUGAUUCCCGGCACCCACGUGGUGCCUGACAACUAUCAGUGAUGCCUGUCCUAUGAGAUCCAAUGCCCUCUUCUAGAAGACAUACUUGCAGGCAAAACAGCUCUACCUAUAAAAUAAAUAACAUUUAAGGUAAAUAGAUAAAAAGGUUUCUGUGAAACAGCAAAAGCCACAUAAGCAUUCGUUAAAUAACAUACAAAUAAGUCCACUUGAGAAAACCAGCAAACACGGAGUUAGGAAAUCCACCAUCACAGCUUUUUAUUUAUAGGGCUUUAAUCCAGAUGCCCUUGUCUCCUACCUUGACUGCCAUCCCCAGUGUCUCAGGGAGUAAGCAGAAUAAAGCUCCUGUGUCUCCUCUUUGGCUUCUCCCCUCCCUUGGAAGGCCCAUAAUCUCCCAGCAUGUCAGCGUUCUUUCCUCAGCAGUGAUUAAGGAGCCCUCUACAAAGACGAUUAAAGCAUAGUCUGUGUGGGGCACUGCGCAGGGGACUUGACCUGGAACCCAAGCACCCUGCAUUCUUAGAGUCACAAGCAUGGCCCUCGUGCCAGGAAGUAGCAAGGAUGGACCUUGGUCUGGAGAUAGUCCCCUGUUGACGAAUCCUCUCUCAAGGAACAGAGAGGAGCCUGGCAGAUGUGAAGGUCAGCAGGAUGCUCAGGUGUCUCCAAAGCCCCGCCUGCCCUCUAUUGUGGUAGAGGUCUCAGAGAGGAAUGAGGAAGACCAGGAGGAUAGCCAGUGGUCACAUGAGGAGUUGCUGCUGCUCACUGAUGGUGAAGAGGAGGAAGCAGAAGCCUUCUUCCAGGAUCCAAGUGAAGAGCCAGGUUGGGCUUGGAUCCCACAGGACCCCACAUCUCCUUUAAGAACGUUUAACCCUGGUCUUGGCUGGGAGCAUGAACAAGAGGAUGCCUCCUGGAUUACUGAAGAUACAGAGGGUCAAGAAACUUCCAACCCCUGUCCUCUUUGGGACCCUACAGUGUCCGGCAACUACAGAACCCGAUUUGUGGAAUAUUCCCAUUUCCCACCUCCCAGUACCUUUGGGGGUAAGUAUUGUUUCUCCCUUGUUUCUGUUUUCACAGCCCUUUUGUUCACUCUAGGCCAGACACAAUAGAGGGAGGUGGAUCUGAGUU